GAUCACGGCCAGAUGCUAAAGCUUUGAAGUGAAGAACAAAGUGGUUCACAUUUGGUGCAUUCUUGAAAAUAAUUUCCUUGAUAAAAUUUGAUGAAAAACUCUCAUCACAAUCAUUUAGCAGGUGAAAUAUCAAUGGAAUCAGCAGGAGGGCGUCUAAGCAGCUGAAAAGAAGCCCAGAAGUAGAAUUAAUCUUCAAUGCAUUAGGGUUCCAGAAGCACAAUAAGUACAUACAGCGUGAAUGAUCAACAAUAUGUGUGGACUUCUUUGCAGAAGAUUUAGGAACAAUGUGCUUGAAAGGAUUUCAAUUUAUAUUCUGAUUUUAGAAUCAGUGCUUCCCAUAAACACAGGAAACUGGACUAUUGCUGUCCCAAAUGGGCACAUCAUUGGCUUUCACAGAGAAGACGUAAUUCUGCCUUGUUCUAUUUCACCUGCUAUUACAGCUGUGGAUAUGGAGGUUACAUGGUUCAAAGGAGCCCAAGACAGAAUUGUCCAUUCAUACUUUGAUCGAACAAAUCAGCUUAAAAUGCAGCAGAACUUCUACCAAGGCCGGACCGUGCUUUUGCGGUCAGGGCUCCCAAAUGGUAAUCUUUCUUUGAAGCUCAAAAACCUCCACAUCUCUGACAGUGGUGCCUAUACCUGUUCUGCAUUUGAUAAGAAACUUUAUGAAGAAGGCGAGGUCGAACUAAUAGUUGGAGCUAUAGGGACUGAGCCCAUCAUCUCAGUUGAUUCAGCAGAAGGUGACCAGAGACGCCUAAUGUGCAAGUCUGAUGGAUGGAAUCCUGAGCCAGUUGUUAUCUGGAGAAAUGUUAACGGAAGGAAAAUUCCAUCAGUGAUAAGGACAAGCGUGAUGAAGGAUGAUGAUGGCCUGCUUAGUAUUAGAAGUUAUGUCACUGUUAAAGAGAACCCAGCUGUCAUGACUUGUCUAAUAAGAAGUAAAAUAGCACACCCGGAUUGGGAGACAUAUCUGUAUAUAUCAACCUUGUACUAA